AUGUCAGUUUCAGCAGAUACUAUAGAAAAUAAGUUGAAAAACGAAUUAAAUGCUUCUUUUGUGAAAGUAGAAGAUAUUUCUGGAGGCUGUGGAUCGAGUUACUCUGUGAUUAUUGUUUCGGAAAAAUUUGAAGGAAAACCGCUAUUGCAACGACAUAGAUUGGUUAAUGCUUGCUUGGAAGAAGAAUUAAAAUCUAUACAUGCCUUCUCGCAAAAGACUUAUACUGAAGAGCAAUGGAAAAAGAUAAAUGCUAAAUGA